UUAGGCUUGUUUCUCUCUCUAUUUCUUACCAUAUUAGAACACCCAGCAGUUGAUCACAGGUGGGAUUCUACUCUUUGAAGCGAGUCACCUCUUUCUCAUAUACUUCCUUAUUUCCACUCCGUAUCGGCUUUGGAUAUCCUUCCUCUUACAUUGCCUCUAUAUAUAUAUUACUAAUCUAGUAUCGCAAUACCUCUGAGUUGGUGUUCGUAUGCAAAAGGAGAUUCCUGCGAUUUUUUUUUUUCAUCAUGCUCAACUAUAGGAUUUUAAACUGCUGACUGGAGAAACAAUGGCACUGAAUCAAGAAGAGAAUUUGUCUUCUGGAAUCAAGUUCGAAAACGAGGGUUUCUUGGAGGGAUGCCAAAACACAGAAAGGGAAAAUUCGAAACGUUGUGAUGAUUUGAAUUUUGAUAACGUUUAUGAAGUCAUUGGUGAUUUGUUGUUUCAUGAUUCGAAUUUCCCUGGGGAUUCCUUUGAUAUGGUUAGAAAAAUAGGUUCUCUUGAUGCGGCUAUUAUACGUUGCAUUGAGGCUUUUGAUAGAGAGACUUGUGGGUGGUUUAAGACUAAGGAAACAACUGAAGCUAUGAAAGUUGAUGAUAAUAAGAAGUUUGCAUCAGUUGGUUCCACGUUGGCCUCUGCGGAAUGGUCAUAUGAGGGCUGCAACGCGUUGAAUGGUGACUUGGAGGAUUUCCUUCCUUUCGGUUUUGACAGAUAUUGUUUAUCUUCUUGUAAUUUGGGUCAUGAACGGAAAGGGCUAAAAAAAGACGGUACUCGUGCUGGAAAAGAUUGUGCUAACACAAUUUUGCCUAGUAGUCCCUUGAACUUGGAUGUUAACUUGCCCAGAGAUCCUUUUGGUAUGGAUGAUCUUGAUUCUACUACGGUUUGGAUUGAGGAUUUUGGAUCAGAGGGUCAUGAUUUGGAGACUGAGGAAACACUUGAAGCUAAGAAGGUAGCAUCAGUUGGUUCGAUAUUGGGCUCUAAUUUGGGUAGAUACAUGGACGACUACAUAAAAUUCAGUUUCGCUAAACAUUGUUUGCCCCGGUGUGAUGCAGCCGUUCAGCGAAAAGGACUAGAAAAAGAUUGUAUUCUCGCAGAAAAAGAUGUUACCCCGCCAGAUUGUCUAUUUUUCGACUUCGGUUAUCUUGGUAUGGGGAACACGGCUGAAGGAGUUUGCAAAUCGCAGUGUAACGCUGUCAAAAUUGAUCCCCUUCCAUGGCGAAAUAUUCACAUAGAUCAUCCAUUGAAUGAAAAGAUCACGGAUGAUGACCUUCUGAGGAUAACUAACCAGGCUCAAGGUACUCUUCAGAGCCUGAGCCUUGUGGAGUGCAUAAACAUAACUGCCACUGGUCUGAGGCGCAUUUUUCUAAGCAAUCCGGGGUUGUCCAAGGUUUCUGUCGUGUUGAAGGGAGAAACAAUGAUAGUGAAUAAAGAAGGCUAUAUUGGACAUUUCAAGGAGAGACGCCCAGCGAUGACAAUCGACUUAAAUUUACCUGCGGAUGAUUCUCAAUCUGAGCUCUCUUAUGAGGAUACUGCAUCUGCUAAGGUUUAUGAAGGUUUUUUUACCGAUGAUCCCUUUGGUUCGGGAUGUUUGCCCGAGGACCGGUCUCAAUCUGAGAUGCCUUGUGAUUACUUUGGUGAGGGAAUUAACACGAGUUCACCUGAUGAUUAUCCCACUGAUCCUUUUGGUGUAGAUUGGAGAAAAGGCGAGUUUGUUGAGUCUAUUUUGGAUCGGGUUUUCAAUUAACGAUUUUGGUUCAAAGACUCGUGAAGAUGGUUGAAAAUAACAAACUAUUGUGCGAUGAACUAACUCGACUUGACCCUUUGAAGUGAAUAAAGAUAACUGAUACUGGUUUGAAGCUCGUUCUUGAAGAAAUCCGAGACUGAAUUAAAUCUGCUCUAGUUACUGUACUUGUGAUUCGGAAGAUCUCAGCUGAGAGGCCAACUCGACUAAUGAUGAAACUCCCGUUACUAAGGAUGCAAUCUUUCAACAGACAAGAAGAAAACAUGGGUUUAUUCCAUUAGAUAGAGUUGGAAUUCUUUUUUUUUAUUAUAUUAGAAUUUUGUGCUUCCCUUUAGAAUUAGUUUUAACAUUGCUGAAUCAAUCUUUCGCGGUUGUUUGAUUAUUUGAAACAGAGAUAAAACUAAAUUUGUGU